CACAUUUCUUUGCCGCCAAAUAUUCCCGCCAAACACUAGAUCCCACGGAGAACACGGGAUCACCUACGUAAGCCAGGUGGAAAGGCGUGCAAAGUCCACGUGAAACCAGUUUGACAACUGGUAAGUCAAGCUCACUUACGUCAAACGUUUUGACGCUGAUUGGUUGUCUCAAAAUAAAUCUGGCUGCUGAUUGGUCAGAGACACGUCAGUUACUAAUUAUGGCGUGGUGUUGCAUCAGCCAAGGCUUCAAGACACGCGGCACGACCCUUUCAUAACAAAUUUCAUCAUCCCUCUUGAAAAUGGCGGUGUGAAAGCUUCUUGGCAAAACCUUUCCGUGCAAUUUAUUUGCACCAGUACAACCAUGGAGUAAGUACUUCAGUCAAUGUGUAUACUUCCCGAUUCUUAGAAACCCAGAGUAAUUUAAAUUUUUGGCGAGUUCUCGACGCAAACGAAAAAUCGCCUUAGAACAACGCGUCUCCGUUCUUUUGUUUACUCUUAAGUUUACUACGAAACUUAAUUGAAGAUGAAAAAAAUCGCUGUUAAACGACCAAGGAACUUUCAAGUGCAUCUAAUCGUAAAUAUGGUUGAAUAAAUGGUUGAUUUAGAACGAAAUCGCCUCUGAAACUUAAAUUUUAAAGUGUUAACUCAAUUGCGUGCGAAUUUCGUGUACUUACGUUGGUUUUCGAUUUUUAACUUUCAGUUUCCCUAAACGCGCCCGAGUUCUCUCUCUUACAUCGAUUAUAGAUGGCCAGAACGUAUCACGAAACCAAGAACAUGGAAGACAUUUCAUUAUUUUCGACAUCUCCGGCUCUGGAAGAGCUGGAGCUCUUCAGUUCGUUCCCGAUCCCGAUCUUCGGGGAAAGCGGUACUCUUGAACAAUGUGACGUGUACAUAGAAGAGACAGAUUCCUUGAAGCAUCAACUCGACGCCUCAUCACCGCUCAGUUUAUCGGCGACAGAUCUACUUGAGGGAUUCGAUGUUGAAGGUUAGUAUUUUUUUCUAGGCACUGAACAAAUUGAUGACUGCCGUCUUCCUUUAGGACGAAACUGAAACUAAUUUCCCCACAAGUUGAUCAUUAAUAGUCCAUACGUGUAAACAAGAAAUUUAUUCGUAAUAAAUUAGUGAGGUUUCUCAUUAGCUGACUUUUAUUGCAUCAUGUUGUUGCAUCAGUUCUGUUAUGUAAGCUGAGAUCAAAUAUUGUACAGCUUAUUUUCUAUUGUGAAUCAUUGAUGCUCAGAGCCAUGGAGAUGUUUUUAUCGGUUUGGGUCUGUGCUGAAGUAUUAACAAAAAGUUUACUUUUGAAUUUCAGCCGGUGGUGGAGGUCUGUUAGAUUCUGACUGGAUGACACAGAAACUUGAGUUCCAUAGCACAGAGUCAAUUCUCUCAGUUGAUGGUGGUGACUUGGUGAACCUUGGGGAUUUUGAAUUCACGUCUUCAGAAUCAUCUAUUUCCAGUGAGCCAGAAAGUGUUGUCACUUCAGAAAUUACAGAUUCACCAGAAUCAGAAGAAUCCUCUGAUGGCAACCUCUUUGCAAAUGUGGAUGAAAUUCUCAGGAAGCUGCUCACCACUAAUAAGAGCAUAGUUGACACAGUAAUAGUGACAGAGGAACAAGUUGGUCCUACAUCACCCUUGCAGAGCGUUCCUGAUGUUGACAUGGGGUCUCACCCCUCUGUCUUGUCCCCUGGGUCAGAUCUAUUUGAGGCAACAACCUCAGUGGCCUCUCUUAGUGAAGAGAGCCUCUCUAACCCCUCAUCCCCUGAAACACCAGUCAAGAAGACUGUGGAAAUUUCUCCCACAACAACAACCUGUGUAAAGGUCAACUACUAUGCACCAUAUCCAAAAGACAAACCAACAAAGGCGAAAACUCCACAGCAAAGGAAAAGAAAGCGGGAGCAGAACAAAGAUGCUGCCACUCGUUACCGGGUCAAAAAGCGUGAGGAGCAAGAUGUCAUAGCAAAAGAACUUGCUGGGCUUGAGAAGGAUAACGGUGAACUCAAAGAACAAGUUAAUUCUUUGUCUAAGGAGAUUGAGUACUUGAAAAACUUGAUGCUUGAAGUAUACAAAACAAAGCUGCAGAAGCAAUCUCUGUUGGCUUCUAAUUAAGUUUAAGCCUUUUUGUUAAUGUAUAUAUUUAUAUGCCUUUUUCUAUUUUAGAAUGGUCAUAAAAAACAAUUGC